AUGCCCUACUGUUCGAAUACACACGUUCUCACUGUGGAUGCAAACGUCAUCUGCAAGGUCGACACAGGCAAUCCCGUCAACCUCUAUAGCAUGUGGACUGUCUUUUCUCGGUGCGCAGAUUCUGUUGAACAAGGCCGAAGAUUAGAGAACCUCAGCUGGCGACUCUGGCAAUGCGAGACCUUCGUCGUCGACAACGAUCGCAAGGCCGCCUCCACCAACAAUUUCCCCAAAACUCUUCCCCAGAACAUCUCUUCCGAGUUCCGGAUACCCGAUCUUCCUCAACUGUCUGGCCGUGUCGACUCUCUAGCCGACGAGGAAGCCGUUGACUUCACUUCCGUCUCAGCUCCUCUUGAGAUCUGCCGUCUUAGGAUACGCUGCCAGGAUUCGUGCACCAGCAGCCGAAGCAAGCGGGAACGACACAUCAGCUCCGACGACUUCGAAAAGAUGAUUGUCUCCAUUGUGAAAGACAAGGAUCCUUUGUCAGCACCGCCACCAAUCUCCCCCAUCGUCGCUCCUCUCAAGGAGUCGCUCCCUUCGCUGUCCGCCUUUGAGCGCCCCGGUUCUACUACCACCGAGACUCAGUCGCCUAGGAAGUCGAUUAGCGAUGGCUCAGACGCAUCACUGGAGCCCGCUCCCAUGACACCUUCGCGCGCCAUAGUUGUCCGCGGGUUUUCGCCAUCCUCAAUUCCCGUUCCUCGAACCAUCCCCAGCUCAGUCAAGUGUACCGCAUCCGACAUGAAUACCGAGCCCACCUCCUUUCCUGCUCCCAAGCCUGUCCAGUCUAAGAAGCAGCCUACCAAGUUCACUCUUGGCGGAGCCUCCUUUUCAUCCACUGAACAGGACCAAAGCCUCGAUAACCGCAAACCAAUCAUCCCCAUCGUCAAAAAGCCUAUGUUUACGAUUGGCGGCUCCUCUGAGGAGGAUGGUUCCCUCAAGAGCGCCCUUGCUGGCUCCCGACCUAGCUCACUUCUUUCUCCGAAGAAGAAGCAGGCCUCGUUUAGCACCAAUGUCAUGACCCGCACCAUCGAGGAUGAGGCUGCAGUGGACUCUGACACCGAUUAUAUUGACGAGAGUGCCAUUGACGACGAUGACGACUCGUCUGACUGGGAAGACUCCAUCGAGGACAGCGACAAAUCCAGCAUGGAUGACAAGUUUUUCCAGCGAGUCGACUCCAAGGCUAACUUGACCUCCCGACGGUCGCUCAUUACUCUCAUGCUGGCACAAAACGACCGAGCACGGACCCUGGGCAAUCAUACGUCCCAAUCCACCUCGGCCAUUCCUCGGUGGCGCAUGGCCCCCAAUGGCCCUUCGCUGAGUGCCUCGUCUAACGACUCUGACGAGGCGCCACUUAUGAUGAAGGGCAUGCGCCCUCCCACCCUCAAACCCAUUCACGAGAUUUCUCGAUCCAGCGCUCAACCCAUCGUUUCCCAUGCCAGCCAUGCCCAAGGACAGGCUGCCCUGUCACCGCGCACAACGCGCCGCAACUUGCUGGCAACCGAGUUGACCAAGUCUCUCCAUCGUCAUCUCCUCUGGGAACGACAACAGAAGUCGUCGACCGCCAACGCGGUCUUGAAGCGACGCCACACCUCGCAUGAUGUAACCAAUCUCAAGCAGUAUCCUGUGAGAUCCUGCAUGAAGACGAGUGAGGAUGUCAACGCGAGCAGCUGGAACCAGUACUUCUCCAAAGAAGCUAGCAACGGAUAUCACUCCAAGGGGUGGUGAAGAGCGACAGGAUAAUACCCCAGAUAACAAGCUCAUAUAUCGACAGCUUAUACAUAUCACCACACAGGGCUCGUUUCGCACGGUCUCUGGGUUGGAUUCAAUACCGCGUACCACUUACAGCACAUGACAACAAGGUGACGUGUAUAGCGAGUAGUAUGAGUUGCUUUGAUUGACUCCAAAGGUUCUCAAUGUAGGACAAGUCUCAGUACCUGAUGUCUGGUUUAGCUUGAUGGGUCAAGACCCAUCUUCUCGCCCAUGGGCGCACAGCGGGCUCUUUGGAUCACUUCAACAAAUUUUAGGAUAGGCGGCAGAGAAGAACAAAUUGCAUUGGAACAAAGGUGAGUGGGUACCGACAAGAGUCGCCUCACCAUCUGAUGUAGCAAACUUCUUCUGGAACAAUG